UACAGCGGUUCUACCCAUCACUGCGCAGACAUGGCGGCCGAGAAGGAUCAGCAGAAGGAUGCUGAGGCAGAAGGGCUGAGCGCCACGACCCUGCUGCCCAAGCUGAUUCCAACCGGCGCGGGUCGUGAGUGGCUGGAGCGGCGCCGCGCGACCAUCCGACCCUGGGGCUCCUUCCUGGAUCAGCGGCUCUUCUCGCGGCCCCGCAACCUGGGCGAGCUGUGCCAACGCCUUGUUCGCAAUGUGGAGCACUACCAGAGCAACUACGUGUUCGUGUUCCUGGGCCUCAUCCUGUACUGUGUGGUGACGUCUCCCAUGCUGUUGGUGGCUCUGGCCGUCUUCUUUGGGGCCUGUUACAUCCUCUAUCAGCGCACGUUGCAGUCCAAGCUUGUGCUCUUUGGCCGAGAGGUGAGCCCAGCCCAUCAGUAUGCUCUGGCCGGAGGCGUCUCCUUCCCCUUCUUCUGGCUGGCCGGUGCAGGCUCGGCUGUCUUCUGGGUCCUGGGAGCCACCCUUGUGGUCAUCGGCUCCCAUGCCGCCUUUCACCAGAUCGAGGCUGUGGAAGGGGAGGAGCUGCAGAUGGAGCCUGUGUGAGGCGUCCUCCAGGACCUGCCAGCCUCCGGGGCCCACCGCCCCGCCCACCCCUGUUCACCCCCAGCCUGCAUGGCUCUACUGCUGGGGCCAAAGGCCCCUUCCCCAUCACAAGCCCAGGGAGAGAGCCCAGCUCGGGGAGUAAAGCUGCUGUGG